UUGCGAAUCGAGGGAGAGAAAGAUAGAUAGAGAGAUGGGAUUUGUAGGAGCUUUGAUGAUCAUUAUUGCCUCAAUGAUAGUGUGUUGUUCCUCAGCUUUGGAUGAAUCGGGAGUCAUUUACGUGGGUGGAAAAGUGCUGUGCCAGGACUGCACCAAGGGCUGGAACGAAUGGGUAAAUGGUGGCAACCCUAUGAAAGGAGUUAAAGUGUCCCUAACAUGUAUGGACAAGAGAAGUAGGGUUGUGUAUUACACGAGUGAUACAACAGAUGAGUUGGGGCAGUACGACUUGACUGUGAAAAAGUACGUCUAUGGCAAAGAAUUGGAUACAAAAGGAUGCUCGGUGAGGUUGGUGUCGUCUUCAGAUAAUGUUUGCAAUAUCCUCACUGACUUUGGUGGUGGAAAGUCUGGCGUCAAGCUCAACUACCCAACAUCAGUGUAUCGCAGUUUGAUCAAAUACGUGCUCAACCCUUUCUAUUACACCACUCCUAUGUGCGAUAAGCCCGACACUGACGGCUAUGAUGAUUCUGGACCUAAUAAUCCCCAAGGACAAGGAGGCUAUUACUAAGUAAUGGGGAUAUUCUCACUUGUUUAAAUAUAAAUGAUUAUUCUUGUUUCUCAUUAACUUUUGCAUGAAUGAGUAUGUAAACCUAAAAUUUGAUGACAGGAAAAAAAAAAUCAAGUUGUGCCCCACUGCUCCUUCGUACAAAUACAUGAUGUAAUGAUGAAAACUUAUUAUCUACAAUAUUUCUCCAAC